CAGAGAGAUGAUGUCCCGUGCCAGGUUCUUUGGCACUGCCUUGGAGUCCACGCAGAAAGCCGUGUCGCGGGUGCAGGAGCAGCUGGGGGGGCAAGGGGGCGGCCGGGGGGCUCGGCGAGAGGCCACCGGCCCCCAGCAGCCGAGCAGGCCCAACAAGGAGAGGAGGAGGAGGAAGAGGAGGGAGCCUCUGCCCCAGCGCUGCAGCCCAGCCAUCGCUUCUGCCCAGGUGCCACCGGCUGCGUCCCUGCAGCAGCAGCCUCCGGGCUGGCCGGCUUUCCUCCGCCGCGGCUGCCUGGAUGGAGGGAUGGAGGAUUGGAUGCUGCGGCGGCAGCUGAAGCACAACUGUUGCUGAAUUCCAACAAAUUUUCCUUGAUCAGAGACAACACGUUCACCGGCCUUUCUCACCUGCAAUACCUGUUCAUCGAGAACAAUGACAUCCAGUCUCUGUCAAAAAAUGCCUUUCGUGGGCUUAAGUCCCUGACACAUCUAGACCUUCGGGGCAAUUCUUUGACUUGUGAUUGCAAGAUCAAAUGGCUGGUGGAAUGGAUGGAGAACACCAACGCAAGCAUACCUGCCAUUUUCUGUGGUGGUCCUCCUCAGUACCAAGGCCAGAAGAUCAGAGAGCUUCCUCUAAAGAACUUCGACUGUAUCACCACAGAUUUCGUGGUGCAUCAGGUGCUGCCUUUCCAGUCUGUGUCUGCUGAGCCAUUCAUGUACUCCAGUGAUCUCUAUGUGGCUCUGGCUCAGCCAAGUUCCAGCAGCUGCACCAUCCUGAAGUGGGACUACGUUGAGCGCAAACUGCGGGAUUUUGACCGCAUCCCUGCUCACUCUGCUGUUUACUGCAAACCAAUCGUGGUAGAAUCCCAGCUGUACGUUGUGGUGGCUCAGCUUUUUGGAGGCUCUUAUAUUUACCGCUGGGACACCAACAUUGACAAGUUCAUUAAGAUCCAAGAUAUAGACAGCCAGAAGAUCCGGAAGCCCAAUGACAUUGAGGCUUUCCAGAUUGACGGCGAAUGGUUCUUCGUCAUUGCCGACAGCUCCAAGGCAGGCUCCACCAGCCUCUAUCGCUGGAACCAGAAUGGCUUCUAUCCCCACCAGGACCUGCACUCAUGGCAUCGGGACACGGACGUGGAGUACCUAGAGGUGGAUGGGAAAUCCCGGCUGAUCAUUUCCAGCAGCUCCCAGGCCCCGAUCAUCUACCAGUGGAAUCGCUCCCAGAAGCAGUUUGCUCACUGGGGGGACGUCGCAGAAGUGCUGGAUGUCCAGAUGGUCAAGCAUUUCCAGAUGAAGAGAGACAACUACUUAUGCCUGAGCCGUUACAUUGGAGACUCCAAGGUGGUCAGGUGGGAAGGGCUGCGAUUCACAGAGGUGCAGACCGUGCCCUCUCAAAGCUCCAUGGUGAUUGGACCUUUCCAGAUAUCUUAGUCAACUUUAUAUGGUUUUGGGUAGUGACUAUCCUUUACCCACAUCUACCUUUGGGAUGAAGACAAGCAAAAAUUUGUGAAGUUCCAGGAACUCUCUGUCCAAGCUCCACGGGCUUUCCAGUCCAUCCCUUUGGAGGCCAUGAGUGUCCUCUUAGCCCCCAGCUUCAAGGGGAACACACUGGUUUACAAGCAUAUUGUCGUAGACCUCAGCUUGUAGGAGGGAUGAGUAUUUCCUCCUCACGUUCCUCCCCAACAGGCACCACACCAGCCCUACUAUUCUGCUGAAGUCCUUGCAGCAUUCAGUGGCAACUGAGCAGAAUCAUCACUGGGACACGGCUACUGACAGUCUCUUUUUUACGUCCUAUUCAACUGUUCCUUCUGUUCCUCAUGAACAUAAAAGAUUAUGAAAGGAUCUUAUUAGCUUGGGUGUAUCUUGCCAGAGUCCUGGAUUAGUUGCCCAAGCGUGAGACCACACAAGAGUUGCACAUAAAUUACCUAUAGAGACACACACAAACACUAAUAUAUCCUCACAGUAUAUGCUAUUUUCACUAGUAUAUCCUCAUAGCUAUGAAAAUGACUUUGGAAGGCUUUCCUUCAAAGACUGCAUGGAUUGGCGUCUUAGGUAGCAAUUGGUUUCCUGCAGAAUAAUUACAAGAGGCUUCCACAUUAUAAUCUGAAAUGGUUAUGCUUUGUUUAUUUGUCUUUAAGGGCAACUAAAAUUGUGUUCACCAAAUCAUUGUCAUGUUUCUUUCACCUUUGCUGCUUCUAAGGGAUUGUUUUUUAGGAGGCAAUGGAGAACUACUUCAUACAAGUCAACUUCCACUUAGUGGCUGGUUCGCUUAAAGACCGAGCUGCUAGUCCCAUCUGUGAUCACUAAACAAGGACAGCCAGGAUAAAGCAUUCCCAUCUAUUCGUCUGUCUGUUUUGGAGGGUGGGAGGACAGUGUUGGUGUUGAUUUAGGGUGGCCAGGUUGAGCUCCUUUUUCACCUUCCUUUUUCAUUUCAUGAAACUUACACAAUUACCUUUCCAAAUACCACCUCAGCAAGAAGGUUUUCUAAAAAGCAUGUGAUGGUUUGGGCUAAAUUUUCCCGCCUACUUUAAAAAU